CUUCUCUCUCCCACUCCCUCUCCCUCUCCCUCCGUGUCACUCCGUCCUGCCUCCAUCUCCGGUCCUCACUCUGCCUGGCUUGCUUGCUUGCUUCUUCUCGUCGUCGGCAGCGACUGUCAAUUCUUUCAUUGCUUGUUGUUUCGAUUUGCCGAGUCUCUUCACACCAGCUUGUCGAGAAAACCGAAUCGCGCUUAUUGUCUGACCUCUUUCUUUGAGAGGAGUUUUUACGUAUCUCUGUGGUUUUGACUGUAUUUGUACAUCUGUAUCCUCCCGUGUGAAUAAUCCUUCGUCGCUGGCUCGAUUGUUGUUGGCUGAUUCCGUUGCCAACACUUGUUUAUCAAUCAUCGCCGUCCGACCGGAUGCGUGCUUGAGUGCUGCUGUACAUCCUGUCCUCCUCUGGCUCCAUUCUCGCCAGCGUUGAAGGCAUCACAACUGAACUGACCCGACCGACCCGACCCGACCCGAGUCGGAGUCGCCCGCGGCCGAUCCUUUGUAAUUAAGCCGACUUGCAGUUGUUUGCGCUCCUGCACAAUUUUGAUCGAGGGUCGAUAGAGGGUGGAGUUGGUUAACUCUGCGGCGAAUUUCUUCCCCGCCAUCUAUUCGGAAUUCGGUUUGGAGCUAGCAUCCGCACUUACUUAGGUGAAAGGGCACGCAAUUGGCGCAAGACGCGUGGAUAAGCUUUCGAUGCGAGCUGUUGAAGGUGUUCUUCUACCGUGGACCUAAAGCAGGUCUUGAAGCGGGAGUCAUUUCUUGUUCGUGGAGAGGAUUUUAGGCAGGGAUUUCGAGGAACGGUGACGCCGGUUUUCUUCCAGGAAGUCGUUGUCGAAGCUGUGGAGUUUUGUUUACACUCCUUCCCGAUUUCUGCAUUUAGAUGCUUAGACGGAGUAUAUCAGUCCCAGCGGAAGGAGAAGAGCUACUGCGUCCUAUAUUACUAGCUACAGCUUGGGAGGAAGUAUUUAAGCGACAGGUGCCUCACAAGUAGCUGCGCCAGUUUGUAUCGAGCGGGAGUGCUUGGACGGUUGUUGCAGCGACACCUGAAUGCUGAUUAUCGUAGAACCUCAUAUCUAAGCCAAGUGUGAGGAAGCAAUCGAGAAGGCAGGGGGGACAUCAUGACAUCGGCGGGGGGUCUUGUGGAUAAGGCGACCAGUGAUUUGUUGAUUGGUCCGGAUUGGGCUAUGAACCUUGACAUCUGUGACGUGAUCAAUGGUGAUCCUGGGCAAGCUAAGGACGUUGUGAAGGCAGUGAAAAAGCGGCUGAACAACAAGAACCCAAGAGUGCAACUCCUCGCUCUUACGGUCUUGGAAACACUUAUAAAGAAUUGUGGAGAGAUCGUGCAUCAGCAAGUUGCAGAGAAGGAUGUUCUUCAUGAGAUGACAAAAAUCGUGAAGAAAAAGUCAGACAUGCAAGUGAGGGACAAAAUUUUGGUAUUGUUGGACUCCUGGCAAGAAGCGUUUGGGGGCUCAAGGGGGAAGUAUCCCCAGUAUUACAUGGCUUACGAAGAGUUGCGCCGCGCAGGAGUUGAGUUUCCAGAUCGGGCUCCUGAGCACGCCGUGCCUAUAUUCACUCCCCCACAAACACAGCCAAUUGCCAUGGGACAUCCAGUUCAAGGUUAUGGCUCACCCGCUGGUGGUUACACUUCUCCCAGGGUUGAAGCUGCCAUGGCGGCUGAGCCUCCAGGGAUGAGCUUGACAGAUAUCGAGGCUGCUAGGAGUGGAAUUGAGGUUCUGACUGAGAUGUUAAAUGCUAUCAAUCCACGGGAGAAGGAGGCCGUCGUGGACGAAGUUAUUGUGGACUUGGUCGAUCAAUGCCGAACCAAUCAGCGCCGAGUUAUGCAGCUUGUGAAUACUACAUCGGAUGAAGAACUUCUUCGUCAAGGGCUGUCCCUCAAUGAUGAUUUGCAGCGUAUUCUUGCAAAACAUGAUGCCAUUGCGUCAGGCUCUCCUUUGCCAAAAGACCCUACACAGGCGGGGCGUCGAUACGAUCAUGAAGAGGAAGAAGGGGAGGAUGACUUCUCUCAGCUAGCCCACAGGUCAUCAGCACGGCCUCGGCCGUCUGCGCCAAGUUCUUCUGCUCAAACCAGCAAGCCAGCCCAACUUGCCCUACCUCCUCCUCCUCAAUUUAAGAAAGUAUUUGGAUCCCAACCUAGUCAGCGUGAGAUGACGGUCGAUCUACUGAGUGGGGAUAGUUAUCAAGAUGGCUCUCCUUCUUCUCCAGCGGCUCCAGUCAAUCAGUCUGUUCUGUCUUCUUCCCCGCAACCGCAAUCCCCACUCUCUUCAAACCCUUUUGAUUCUAGCCCAGCGUUCCAAGCUCUUCCUGCACUACCCGCCCCGCCCCAACCUUCUUAUGUGCAAUCCCCGCAGGCACAGCCUCAAACACAACCGCAUCCUCAGGCUCAGCCGCAGCAACAACAGUACUCCUAUUCAAAUGGAAUGAGUACACCUCCAACUGGACCAUUGCAACAAUACGGCUACCCAACUUACCCUCAGCAGCAGUACCCGCAAGGGCAGGUCCAAGCACAAGGUGCUCAAAGUAACUAUGUUGCUCCGUGGGCCCUAAAUAACAAUAAUUUCAGUACUCAGCAACGAGCUAUGAUGUACGGUGAAACUCCCCAGUCUUCCUCACAGCCAGCACAGGCUCAAGGAGGCUAUCCAGGUGUUUCUGCUCCGUGGAGUGGCAGCAGUAUUCCUCCUCCUCCUCCUAAUCAGCAACAAUUUAACCAAUCGCAAAUGAGUCCCCAGCAGAAAGCAAUGCUUUACGGAAAUACCAGUCAGAACGUGGUGCCUCAGAAUGUAGUACCAGUUCUUCCUCCACCUCCAGGUCAACACAGCCUCCGGCAGCAGUAUUUCCAACAGCAAGCUUCACCCUUUCCCGGUGGACAGAAUGAUUUGGUAGGGCGCACACAAAAUCUCUCUCUCCAGGAGCAAAGUCGGUAUAUGCAGAAUCAGGCCCUUGGUGGACAAGGUUUUCAGCAAGCACCGGUCCAGCCCCAGCAACCUGCAAAGGAAGUAAACCCUGCAGAUAAGCUAUUUGGAGACUUGGUGGAUCUGAGUAGUUCCAAUUCCAGAUUCAAGACUGCUGGAAUUUUGUCUAGGCCAAGUAAAUCUGGCAGCCUUUAAAUGUAAGCACCGUCACUUGUGAGUUCAAUUUCAGUGGGUUAUACUUGGGACUAGCAGAUGGUUUAGGUGUGGGCAAUGAACUGGUCUUCUUAUAAGGCGUUCCAAGUGUCAUGAAGACCAUGCCUAGACGUUAUGAGGCUACCAGUGUAAUUACAUGAUUGCUAGGGUGGUCCCUUUGGUAGUGUAAUCUAGUGCCCUUGUACUAAGUAAAGGUUUUCUGGUUUCUCUGUGUCUUUCCAAGGUCCAUGGUUCGGACACUUGUCUCGAAGGAUGUACUUCUUUCUGUAAGCACCUCCUUUUGCUGACAUCCUUGUCGCUGUCCCUUGUCUUUGUGUCUUGCUUGGUUCCCCCUGACUAUUCAACUGUUGCGGUCUUUGUGAGACCGUAUUCUACUAUCAAAAGUUUAUAAGAUG